GAAGCUGCUCCUCCAGUGUGGACCAGUUCAAAUCUCAGAGAGGGAAACUAGAGCUGUGCUUCAGAAAGCUCCGUUGCGUCUCAACAGUUCAACAUUGACGCUGAGGAAUAUAUCGCCGUUUUCUCUUAAAAGAAACCAACAAUCGUCUUGCGAUCAUCAAUCUCGUGUCGUGUGGUGUGAUUGAACGCGAGGAAUAAUGAAAUCCCAGAGGAGCCAUUUGAUCCUGUAACCAAUGGCAACAGUUCAGGCCCUGUCUUUGACCCAGGACCCCAGCAAAACCAUCGGUACCCAUUACCCAGUAUCCUCCCUGGUAUCCGGCCGCUGCGUCAUGGGAAGUGUGGGCAGCCUUAUCGAAAAAUCAGACGUCUUGCCUAUUAAGAGCAACCGAGCUGUCCCACAGGCCCCGGGACGUCAAAACCACGGCCUGCUUAAGAAAGGUUUCAACCAGAGAGAAUUGUUCAACUAUCUCAACAUUACGAAGAAGGAACAGAAGAGCAGCAAGCACAUCAUCUCUGGAACAUCCUCCAUCGAGAGAGAGCACAGGCGUGAGGAGGAGGACAUCUACACUAAGGUCUAUCACAAGGAUGGAAAGGAAGUUGAUUUGGGAAAGAAUUCACUUCCCAUAGGUGGCAAGUUUGACAAGCCACGAUUCAGGCCCUCUGCCUUCAAACCCGUCACACCCAAAAACUUCAGUUCCAUGCAGAACCUCUACCCAUCCAAAUCGGAAGAGCUAGAGAGUGGCUACAAUAACAGCAUGCAUCCGUCCUACGCCAAAGCAGCAUCCAAAUCGCUGUCCACCUCAUCUUCCUCUUCAUCCCCCUCACGGGCAGGCACGAGCGCCAACAAGGGCGUGUUGGCGGCGGUCCGAGGCCAGGAAGAGGAGAACACGUCGGACUCUGGGCACAACUCCAUGAACAGCCUGCCGCCCUAUCGCCCGCCAUUCCGCCCUCACUUGGGACAAAUCAGCGCCUCUAUGGGGCACAUCAACCACAUUGGCUCGCUGGAUCGCACCUCGCUGGGCUCCAAGGGAGCUGCUUCCACCGUCACUGACAUGUCCUGCCAGAGCAUGGCCACGCUGAACCGUCUGCAGUGCUACGGCAGCGAGGCGCCGCCCCCCUACGAUCUGUCGCAUUCUCUGGAGGACGUGGUGAGGGAUCUGGAGGAGCGGCUGCAGGAGAAGGAGCACGAGCUGCGGCACAUGAGGAGGAACCUGGAUGAGAGUGAAGAUGCCAUUGCGCAGGUUUUUGAAGGGAAACAGCGGCUUUGGGAGAAGGAAGUGACCGAGCUGAAGCACCUGUAUAUGGCCAAACUUCGGCAGGUAUCCCAACAGGCCCAGCGUUCCCAACGACACAUGCAGCUGCAGCUUUACAAGGCACAGCAAGAACGCAACCGGCUGCAGGAGGAACUGGAUUCUGUCAGAGUGGAGUGCCAGACCCUGAAAAGUCAAAGUCCAGCUGCACUAAACCAGAACAUUGAUCCUCAGCUAGAGGAAACCCAGUGGGAGGUCUGUCAGAAGUCUGGAGAAAUCUCUUUACUAAAGCAGCAGUUACGAGAUUCACAGGCAGAGGUCACACAGAAGCUCAGCGAGAUGUUCCUCUUGAAAACUCAACUGCACGAGGCUCGAAAUCAGAUCCGAUCCAAGGACGAUCAGAUCGACAUGUUGCAGAUGCCCCUACAGGGCGCCCGGCGGAAAUGUCCCCCGCCCACUUCAGAGGAUGGGCGGGCGGACGCAGGUGAGACCGGAGGACCUAGCGCUACAGAGGAGCGUCUGCGCGCUGAACUGCUCCUGGAGAGACGUCAGAAUGAAGCGCAGGCUUCCGCCUUUGAGGCCGAGAGGAGCACGUGGCAGGCCGAGAAGGAGAAAGUGAUACGGUAUCAGAAGGAGCUGCAGGGCAGCUAUCUGGAGAUGUACCACAAGAGUGAAACUCUGGAGCGAGAACUAGCAUUGCUGAGAGGGGGUAGGACCAGAGCUGAAGGGGCGGGAACAAGAGGUGGGGGCGGGGCUUUGCAGGAAGAUAACCCUUCCAUUAGUCUGCCGUGGAUAGAGAGGAUUGAGUCCUCUGAAAUCUGAUUGUAAGGUUGUUCGGCAUUUAAGAUUUAAGUUGACGCCAACAGCUUGGACUUAUAAGACUGUUUCAAAAUGAAUGAAUAAAUGUACACAUUUUACAUGUGAACCAAAAAGUGGAAUAUGCAAGCUGAACAUUAUGGGAUGUUUUGGGUAGAAGUGUAAAAAGGGAUUUUGCUUUGAUAGAAGUUUAUCUAAUGCACCAAAUCAUUUUUUUGCAAAAGAAUCAAACAAAUCAGUGUCAAAAAAUGUGUAGAGAUAAACAUUGUUUUAGAUCACAAGGGUAGAAUUAAAGUCGCAUCCAUAUUUUAAAUUAGCCUCUUGAGUGUAAUAGCAUCUGUCCAUUCUAUAUCUUGUGCUUUAGUUACUAAACAUUAUUCAAGUUUUAUAAACAAAAGCGUCAGUUUUUCGUGCUGCCGAUUGUCAAAAACUGAAGAAAGAGGAGAGGUUCUCGUGCAUUCCCUAAAAAGCAUGUUGCACUUUAAAAGCAGAGCCCAAGAGAAAUGCUUGUUUGUCUCUUGUAUUGGAAAAAUGUCAACAGCCGAUCUGAAAGUACUUCAGCUUCUGUGUGUAUCGAUUGCUCCGGUGAGCUUUCCUUUCAACCUAAGAUGCCCAUAAAUGCAUGAAUGUGAAAGUCAAUUUCUGGAAACUCACAGAUGUCUGAAGGUUUCUGUUGAAAAGACUGUUGAUAAAGUUUUAAUUUCAGAUCCCAGGUUGUCGAAUCUUUACUUAGGAAACUAUACUGUGACUUGUUAAACUACUGGAUUUCAUGUAUUCAUUGUAUAGAUUUGUACUAUACAGGUAUGAUGUUCUUUACCUCAAUGUCAUAAAAACCAUUUACUUUACAGUGACUGAAGUUUUUUUCUGUAAAAAAGCCCUAAAAUUUGUCUUCCAGUAGUGUAAAAUAAAAGUUUGAACUGUUUCUUUGAAUUGGUGACAAUUUUCUUUUCAUUCACAUGCAGUAUGCUCUAUUCUGUGAAUAAAAUAUUUCUUAAAUCUUA